AUGUCCAUUGAUAUGGAGUGGCGGGCUGUCUGGUCUCACAAGGUCACGGGAGCGACUGCUCUAUACCUUGCUCUCCGCUACGUGACCUUGGCAAACGUCAUUACAACACUCAUCUCAUUCAAUAUCCCGUCAUGCGAACUACUUCAUCUCAAGCUUAGUGCAAGUGGGUACGAGCUGCGGGAUAUAUCUUGCUCAGGCAGGUUUCCUGAAUGUAAUGUAUUUGCUACUUUCACAGUCCUCCUCGUCACCCGCAUAUGUAUCCUCAUCUCGAAUCUUCUCGUCGUCGUCUCGACAUGGCAGGCAGCACGCUCCAACCGAAGAGUCGGAGCUUGGAAUAGUGAAGGAUCCCUCAUAGCUGUGCUAUUCCGGGGUGGUACCAUCCACUUUGCGCUCGUGGUUGUGCUCAAUGCAGCCGACAUUGCAAACAGAUUGUUGACAAGUGCCAAUGUCGACAUUUCCUCCCCUGUGGAAGACAUCAGUACCAUUGUCCUGUGCCGUUUCUUCCUCAACCUCCGCCUUUUUUCUGGCAGUCCCGACACCAAUGACAGCGCUGUAUCCUCCAACGGAAGCUUGUUCUCAGGGCUUUCAUCGACGAUCUUUGGAAAUUUGGGAGAUAUGUUUGAGAAUGACCCUCAGGCCCUCGACGAUGAAUUGGAUCAUGAGCUAGACGAGCGCCCCCGCGCGGGAGACCUAGACUGUACAAAUUGUCCCCCUGAUAAUACAAAGACUCCCUCAACAUCUCAAAUGGCCACUACGUCAACAUGCAGGCUGGGCACCCACGAUAAGCCCGCUGCCGAUUGCGAGCCACUCGCAGCCCCGGACGUGGGUAUCGACCAGUGCACAAUAGACAUUGUCUAG